GUGGAGCUGUAAUCGCGGACGCGGAGCCCAGAAAGCGCCGGUGAUUGGUUAGAGCGGCGGGGCUGGUCCUCAGCUCGCCCAGGCGUCGGAUUACAUUUGCAGUUUACGCGAGGGGGGGAGAAGUCGGCGUCCGGGAUGCAUAGGAAGCCGCUGCGAGUGCACCGCCGACCGCAUCCGCAGCACAUGAGAGCGACUGCUCGCCGGGGAAGUGCGCGGUAGGAUAGUGUGGAAUCACCGUCUUCGCACGUCGGACGGAGAUCGCAGGCUCUUCUGCCCUGAAGCGCGGCUGUCAUCGCACGGCUCGACCCUUGUAUUUUUUUGCGGAAUACGGUAGUUUCGUCCGGACUUGGCGCACUGGUGAUGCACAGGGCACGGCGCAGGGCACGGCGAUCUGAGAGCAAUCAGAGCACUGAAAUCACACGACACGGGAAUCCUGAAAGAUAGCGUUGGAUCGUCGCUUUUCCUUCUUAUUUUUUUGGGCAAAAGGAAUAAAAUAUCACCCCGUGGACCAUACUUGGGACUUAAGACGAACAUUUUUUUGGGAUAGCGUUAUCCAGGGAUGAUAUGUGUUUACCAGACUUGACAAAAUACAUCAACAGGUCGCCGAUGCACAUAUUAAAUGUGCCGGCCGAGAAGAGAGAUUUUCGGCUAUGAGAAAACGCGUUAUGUGAUACCGAUUAUUGCUGGAAAUCGCCGAAGCGCAACUUGCCUAGUGAGUCGGGGGCGCUCACUUUGAAGGAUCUCCCGGUGGCUGCAGCAGAAUAGGCGACUUAUGAAACUUUAUGCAUUUCACAGGAUUGAUAUUUGGAGACCGGUUGAGAUAGGAAGCCGGCCUGCAGAAACGGGACAUUAUUAAAAAAGGCGAAUUUUGCUCUGCCGCAGUCUGACAGUAAGAAUGGCUGGCGUCAGCUGUGGGUGGAAGUAUUACCUCUGGAUUUUGAUUGCUAUGUGCAGAUCUACGUUACCGCAAGCGAAAUCCCUGGAAUCGGUUAUUUGGAGCUCACAAAAUCUCAAGUUUCAGCCAGGGAAAGGCUUGGUGAUUUAUCCUGAGAUUGGGGACAAGCUGGACAUUAUUUGUCCGAAGGCAGAUGUCGGAAGACCGUACGAAUACUACAAGUUGUACCUGGUGAAGAAGGAACAGGCGGAUUCCUGCAGCACAGUCAUGGACCCCAACGUGUUGGUGAACUGUAACAAGCCAGAGAAGGACAUCAAAUUCACCAUCAAGUUCCAGGAGUUCAGUCCAAACUACAUGGGCCUUGAAUUCAAAAGGAACAUCAACUACUACAUCACAUCCACUUCCAAUGGGACCCUGGAAGGACUUGAGAAUAGAGAAGGUGGAGUUUGCAACACCCGCUUCAUGAAGAUCAUUAUGAAAGUUGGACAGGACCCAAACACCGUGGUGUCAGACCCAGUGAUAAUCGACAGCCCUGGCAAGGACAAAGACAGUACAGAGUCGACGAGCAGACCUCCUGCCAAGGAUAAGGAUGAGCGGAAAGGCAGUACAGGUAGCAUAAACCAAAACAAGACUGUUACGGACGAGGGCAUCUUUGGCUCCAAGGCGGCCCUCUUCGCAGCCAUCGGGGCGGGCUGCGUCAUCUUUCUCUUCAUCAUCAUCUUCCUGAUCAUUCUGCUGAUCAAGAUCCGGAAGCGGGCGAGGAAGCACACACAGCAGCGAGCGGCGGCGCUGACACUCAGCACGCUGGCCAGCCCCAAGUGCUCUGGGAACGCCGGCUCUGAGCCCAGUGACAUUAUCAUACCCCUGCGGACUACAGAAAACAACUACUGCCCACACUACGAGAAAGUGAGCGGGGAUUACGGGCACCCAGUCUACAUAGUCCAGGAAAUGCCCCCCCAGAGCCCCGCUAACAUUUAUUACAAGGUGUGAAGAUGGAGGGGAGAGGGCAACGGUGAUAUUUUGUAGGACGUUUGGAUUUUAGGAAAUUAUGGCCUACCUUUUUUUUGUUUUUUUUUUACUAUCUAGACCUUCUGAAGCUGGAGGACAUUUAAACGAUGACCAGUGAAGAUAAAACCGUAAAAGAGUAAUAGAAAGUCAGGAGGUCUACAUAAAGACUGCUGUCAGGACAUUGAAAUUUCUCCUGUGUGGGCCAGCAGCAGGUCGCCUGUCCGCGCCCUGUUUCCUGUUAACCUACAGAUGUAUUAAGCAGUCACAUGUUCCCUGGUCUAAGCCAUGGUAUAUUUCUGGAUAGUUAAUAAGAGAUGGGAUACAUGGUUUAGGCUUUUGAAUCAGUAGCCUUUCACCUUGUGUGGUAGUGAGAAGGUACAGGGUAUGUCCAGGAAGUUGAAAACCUGCAGCUGCAGGCUGUCUGUCAUUCGCUGGCUUCAUCGCCGAGCUGAAGCCGUUGAGAUUUGCUCAGGUGACAGGGCACAUUGCGACAGAUAGGGCAGCACCAUUCUCUUGCACACUAUGAUGUUUACCUUGCAUUAUUCUCAUCAAAGUUAACUCGCUCAUUCUUCUCAUAAUUCUGCUCGUCGGGUUUUUUCUUUUUUGUUCUUUGCAUAUACAGUAUAUCAUGGUAAAUAUUCCUGUAUUUCAUGUUAUCAUAUCUCAGUAGCAGUACAUUUAUUUCGCGGAGAAACAUUACAUGUGAGCCAUAACACUAGGGAGGUCAUUGUUUUUUGUAAGGCAAAAAAAAAAAACUCAUAUUUCCUUUUGUCCGUUCAAUCCUGAAGCAUCGCCAGGAAAGGUAUUUACGAGUGUUGUCAGUCUCA